AUGGAAACUUUGAUAGAAAGAGCAAAUAUUCCAGAAGAAGAAGAAGAUACCAUGUCUAGAUUCCUUGGAGGUUUAAAUCAAGAAAUUGCUCAUAUCGUUGAUAGAUAUCCUCAACUAUACUUGGAAGAUAUGUAUCAUUAUGCAAUCAAAAUUGAAGAACAAUUGAGAGAAGAAAAGGAACAUUCCAAGAGGUAUAAUUCUAAAGCUAAUACCUUUUCAAAUUCUAAUGUUUGGAACAAGGAUGGUUUUGUGAAUAGGGGUGAAGCAAAAGGGAAGUUUGUGGCUCUUAAAAGAGUGGAAGCCGGUAGCACCUAUACGAAAAAGAAUGAAGCUUCAAAGGAGGAAAGAGAGAAAUCUAGUUCCAUUCAAUGUUGGAAGUGCAAAGGAUUUGGGCACAUGAGCAAAUAUUGUAUUAAUAAAAAAGUCACAGUCAUAAGAAAUGGAAUUAUUGAUUCUGAAGAUGAAUGUGAUGAACAAGGUGGCAGCCUUGAGGAAGAAUCCGAAGCUUUUGAUGAUGAGUCCAUUGAAGAAGGUAACUCUAUAUCCUUAGUUGCAAGAAGAGUACUUAAUGUGCAAGUCAAGGAGGAGAAAGUUGAAGAUCAAAGGGAGAACUUAUUUCACACAAGGUGUUUGAUUGAAGGAACCCCAUGUAGCUUGGUGAUUGAUAGUGGAAGUUGCACAAAUGUAGUAAGUAGCUUUCUUGUAAAAAGACUCCAACUCACUACUCAUCCACAUCCAAUACCAUAUAAACUUCAAUGGUUAACAAACACAGGAGAAUUGAAGGUAAACUCCCAAGUUCUUAUUUCUUUUACUUUGGGAAGAUAUAAGGAUGAGGUUCUUUGCGAUGUAGUACCUAUGCAUGCGGGUGAUAUGUUAUUGGGCCGACCUUGGCAAUAUGAUAGAGAAGCCACAUAUGAUGGUUUGUUGAACAAGUACACAUUUACUUUGAAUGGGAAGAAGUUUACUUUGCUUCCAUUAUCUCCAUAUGAAGUACAAUGCGAUCAAGUGAAAUUAGAAAAAGAAAAAAGAAAAGAAUUUGAGGAUCAAGAGAGGAGAGAAGAAAGUAAGUUAAAGGAGAAGAGCGAAAAAAGAGAGAAAAGUGAGUUGCAAAAGGUGAGUGAAAAUCAAGAGAGAAAAAAGAGUGAUUUUGAGGAAAAAAUAAAGAAUGUGAGUUUAGUUAUGAGAAAAGGGGAAGAGAGGAAUACGUUUUCAUUCGAAGCACCAAACUUUGUACUUAUGUGCAAAGGAAUGUGUUUAGUAUCUGAACCUAACUCUAAUGAUGGUUUGCCUAGUGCUUUUAAAUCUCUUUUGCAGGAAUUUAAUGACAUGUUUCCACAUGAAGAUGUACCUACGGGUCUACCUCCUUUAAGAGGAAUUGAGCACAAAAUUGACUUCAUACCCGGGGCAAUGCUUCCAAAUAUGGCGGCAUACAGGACCAACCCAAUCGAGGCCAAGGAAAUUCAAAGGUAAGUGGAAGAACUCAUGGGUAAAGGUUAUGUUCGAGAAAGCAUGAGUCCUUGUUCAAUUCCAGUCAUUUUAGUGCCCAAGAAAGAUGGAACAUGGAGGUUGUGUGUUGAUUGUCGAGCCAUCAACAAAAUAACGAUAAAUUAUCGACAUCCUAUUCCUAGAUUGGAUGACAUGCUAGAUGAAUUAAAUGGUGCAAACUUGUAAAAAAUUGAUUUUAAAAGUGGUUACCAUCAAAUUUGAAUGCAUGUGGGAGAUGAGUGGAAAACGACUUUCAAAACAAAAUUUGGUCUUUAUGAGUGGCUUGUUAUGCCAUUUGGUCUUACCAAUGCACCAAGUACUUUUAUGAGGCUAAUGAAUCAUGUUUUGAGAGAAUACAUUGGAAAAUUUGUUGUGGUAUACUUUGAUGAAAUUCUUGUUUACUCUAAAAAUUUGAAUGAACAUAUGUAG